GGGCCAUGGAGCAGGCGGCCGGGAACCUCAGCGAGGGGAACGGGAGCGGGAGCCGGGCAGAGCCCCCGGCCGCGGAGCAGAGGCCGCUGUUCGGCAUCGGCGUGGAGAACUUCAUCACGCUGGUGGUCUUCGGCCUGAUCUUCGCGCUGGGCGUGCUGGGCAACAGCCUGGUGAUCACGGUGCUGGCGCGCAGCAAGCCGGGCAAGCCGCGCAGCACCACCAACCUGUUCAUCCUCAACCUGAGCGUCGCCGACCUGGCCUACCUGCUCUUCUGCAUCCCGUUCCAGGCCACGGUGUACGCGCUGCCCACCUGGGUGCUGGGCGCCUUCAUCUGCAAGUUCGUCCACUACUUCUUCACCGUGUCCAUGCUGGUCAGCAUCUUCACGCUGGCGGCGAUGUCGGUGGACCGCUACGUCGCCAUCGUGCACUCGCGGCGCGCCUCCGCCCUGAGGGUGUCCCGCAACGUGCUGCUGGGCGUGGGCUUCAUCUGGGCGCUGUCCAUCGCCAUGGCCUCGCCCAUGGCGUACCACCAGGGCCUCUUCCACCCCAACGCCAGCAACCAGACCUUCUGCUGGGAGCAUUGGCCCAACAAGCGCCACAAGAAGGCCUACGUGGUGUGCACCUUCGUCUUCGGCUACCUGCUGCCGCUUCUGCUCAUCUGCUUCUGCUAUGCCAAGGUCCUUAACCAUUUGCAUAAAAAGUUGAAGAACAUGUCAAAGAAGUCGGAAGCAUCCAAGAAAAAGACAGCGCAGACGAUCCUGGUGGUGGUCGUGGUCUUCGGGGUGUCCUGGCUGCCGCAUCACGUCAUCCACCUGUGGGCGGAGUUCGGCCAGUUCCCGCUGACGCCGGCAUCCUUCCUCUUCAGAGUGGCCGCCCACUGCCUGGCGUACAGCAACUCCUCGGUGAACCCCAUCAUCUACGCGUUUCUCUCCGAGAACUUCAGGAAGGCCUACAAGCAGGUGUUCAAGUGCCACCUUCGCACGGAGUCGCCUGUCAGCGGUAACAGAGAGAAUAAGAGUCGAGUAGACACCCCGCCGUCGACCAACUGCACCCACGUGUGAGGACGGCGAGAGUCCCCGUCACCGACCCAGGGA